CAAUUCUAUUUUUAGAUGUUCAGACAUGGAGACAGGGCUCCAGAACCGGCAGAAGUUUCAAGUUUUCCAAACUACGAAUAUGCAAAUGAUACUUGGUACCCUGUUGGAGCAGGUCAUCUAACUAAUAAUGGAAAGUUGCGUCUGUACAAAUUGGGAAAGACGGUGCGUGCACGUUAUGGGAAAUUUUUGGGAGAUUUAUAUACCACCGAUUUGGCAACGACAUUUUGCACGGAUUUCCCAAGGACCAAGGCGAGCGCCCAAAUGUUUCAUGCAGGAUUGUGGCCUCCUUUGGGCGACCAAAUUUGGUCCGAUGAUGAGAGUCUCGCAAGUAUGUGGCAACCAGUUCCAUAUAACAUCGAUCUAAAACUAAAUAGCGCGAUGAAUUCGUUUCUAAGAAGUCCCUGCUUCGCUUACGAAUUCAUGAGAGUUUUGCAACUUCCCGAAUUCCAGAGACUGAUACGUCCACACGAAAAACUAUUGAAUCUUUUGAUCGAGAAAACGGAAAUGAAAGUAGAUAAUCCGUUGCAUGUUUGGCUCGUGAAAUCGCUAUUUUUGGCACAGGAAGCAAUGGGUAAAUCAAAGCCCGAUUGGGCCGAAGACCAUUGGGACGAAAUUUGUGCAGUUUCCGAAAUCGCCUUUGCGGCCUUGAUGUACAACGACGAUCUUAAAAGAAUGGCCAUAGGGCCAAUAUUGAAGAGGAUAGUAUCAGAUUGCCAAGACAAAGCAGAUGGUGUUUUGGAACCACGGCAGAGAAAACUAAUCGUAUAUUCAGGGCAUGAUACAACAGUUGGCCCUCUUUUUGCAGCCAUGGGCGGCAGUGAAGGUUACAUCGACGAAGAUGGAAACCCUUUGAAAACUAUUGUCCCUUCGUUCGGAUCUGCAGUUAUUUUGGAGCUGCAUAAAAUUGAAGGAGAAUACGCAGUUAAGAUUUUAUUCAACGAAAAAAGCCAAGACGGUACCUUCAAAGAACUCAAAUUAGCAGGAUGUGGAGAAUUUUGCCCACUGGACAAAUAUAUAGAAAUGACCAAAAAUAUUGCAGACGAUGACCAAGGAUUAGACAAAUGCCCGGAGGCUAAAAACAGCAAAUCGAUAUUCGAGAGAGCCAUUAAAAGAAGACAGUGAUAUAAUAAAUUGAGUGAUAUAAUUAUAAGAUAAUAAUUUGGAGAGUAAAAUUAUAAGAUAAUGAUUCAGAAAGUAAUCUACACCUAGGAAACAGGGUUGGAAUAUUUAUUCGUCCGUAUAUGAUUGAAGAUAGCUAAAUAAACGCAAUUA